AUGCAAAAAUCUACCGAGCAAAAAAUCAUAAGCUAUUCAUCGAAACGACUACGUGACAGAUAUCCAUCGAUUGUAAAUGAAUAUAUGAGUGAAGUACAUGAUGAAUAUGAUCGACUUAUGAAAGCAUUUAGCAUGAAUAAGCUAUUGAAGCCAUUACCGGAUGAUCUGGUGCCAUCAAGAGAUAAUUUUCAAUUUAAGAGACUUGGUAGGACCGAAAAUUAUGAGACAUUCUUAAAGAAUCGUGAGAGAAUUAAGAGAAAUUUGAUGUUAAUUUAUCCGUUCAUAAGAUGCAUUCAUUAUUAUUCAAAUAUGGACUUUCCAUCGACAUUAAUAGAUUUCAAGAAAUAUCGAGCAAUGGGUCAAUUAGGUAUUCAUGACAUACGUGAUUUUACGAAGAAAGAUUUAGCUGAGAAUUCAGCAUUUAUCAAGAAAACUUGGUAUCCAAAAAUCAUUAAAAUUAUAAAAAAGCAUUAUGGCAAGCAGUCACAAUAUCGAUUGUCAAGAAAACAAUGGGAGAAGGCAUGGGACUGUGCAACAGGUCUCAUAAUUCGUGAAAUAAAUCUUCUUAAAAUGCGCACAAUUCAGCAUCUUAAUGAGGUCAUUUUAAAUCGUCAUGAGAUUCCGUUCCUUAAGAUUAUCGCAAUUUGUGAGAAUCAAAUUGAUUUAUGUCCAACGAUUGAGGAGAUUUAUGACAUGUAUCAUGCCUUCAUUGACAUUAUUAAUGAUGUUGGAAAUAAUUUAGACUCAAUUGAGGCUCUCGUUCAUCCCGAUAGCUGUGAUGGACAGAGGAUGAACAUUAAGGUUGAAUUGAACAGUCGGAUACUUAAGAACGCACAUACAAAACUACAAGAAUCUCUAGAGCUUUCGUAUGCAUCCAUGGAAAAUUAUUUGAGUUCAUUUCAGAUGGAAUUUUAUGGAUUGAGUUCAAAUCAAGCCAUGAAUGAACUCAAUGAAUAUUUAGAGACUGACAGGACAAUUGAUGAGUUUUUCGAGGAAGUUGUAAAGUAUAAAAAGUUCAUCGCUAAAUUGAAGGUCAUCGUUCAAAAGGAAUACUUCAAUGAAGCUAUAAUAUCCCAGUCAGAUGCCAUCAGCUCAUUGCGUCGAAUGGGCGAAAGACUCGUCAAGAAAAUCACUGACAAAAUUGUCGAAAAGCACAGGGCUGAUAUUAAGAACAUUUGUAAUGAAUACGAAGAGAUUAAGAAGCGAGCUUUAGAAGUUCCAUCAUCGACUGAAGCUCUCUUUGAGACUGGCGAGUACUUGCUUCAUGUCAAGAAAACAGUAAUGGAUCAACUCGGUGAACGUAUCCGAAAUUCUUUAAAAUUGAGUGGAGAACUAAUCGAAUUGACAGAGAUGGAUCGACAACAUAAAGAGCUACUGUGGCAGGCAGUGAAUUGGCACAACAAUUCAUCACAGAUUUUCGAUCUCGGUGGAUCGAAUUUUGAGGCAAUGAAGUAUCAAUUUGAAGAGAAGCUUGCUGUCGUAUCAAAACAGAAUCAAGAGAGAUUGAAGGAACUGGCACCGAAUUUGACAAUAAUUAAUGACAUGACUGAGUCUGACAAGCUCCACGAAUACCACCGAGUCUUGCAGAAAUUUACUGACGAGCUUGUGAUUUUUGAUGACAAUGUCAAGUGGCUGAAUAAGGAGGAAUCGCUGUUUAAAUUUCCAAAAACCAAUUCGACGCUGCUUGAGGAAAUGAAAGAUUUUGUGAUUCCAUUUAAGCAGCUUGUUCAUCUUUGUAUUAAAUGGUACAGGAAGUAUGAUGUGUGGAUGGAUGGUCGUUUUGAAGACUUGAGACCUUCGGAUGUCCAAAAUAUCACUGAAAAUUUCUUAAAGGAAUUCCAAAAGUUCCAGAAAUUCUAUCGCAACAAAAUCAAGUCAGACACAGAGAAUCACGAAUGCAGAUUCAAAGGACAAUUGGAGGAUCCAGAUAUCGAGAAGCUUCCAGCACCAUUGAAAAUUGUCGCUCGAAUGAUUCAAACAAUUAAAGACUUUAGGCAUGGCGUGCAUGUUGUGACAAUUAUGUGUAAUGAAGCUCUUCGAUCUCGUCAUUGGGAUGAAAUGUCGCAAGUUGCUGGAAUGAAUUUAGAGCCAGAUGCAGGCACAACUUUGAGAAAAAUCAUCAACUUAAAUCUCAGUUGUCUCGAUGAAUGUGAAAUCAUAUCAAUUGGAGCCUGCAAGGAACUUCAGCUGCAACUUAAUCUCGCUCAAAUGAUAAAGGAAUGGAACAAUGUUGAAUUCUCAUUGGGAACAUUCAAAGCUACUGACAUAACAAUCCUCAAAAAUGUUGAAGAUGUUCAAUCCCUCCUCGAUGAUCAUCUCAUCAAAACUUUAUCUAUGCGUGGCAGUGCAUUUGUAAAACCGAGCGAGCAGGAGGUGAAGGAAUGGUACGAUAAACUUGUUCGUGUACAAACAACCAUCGAGCAGUGGAUUAAAGUUCAAACAAAUUGGCUUCAUUUGUUGCCAAUUUUCUCGUCGAAAGAUAUCGUCACUCAAAUGCCGGAGGAGGGACGACUGUUUAAUCAAGUUGAUCAAAUUUAUAAGCGGUACAUGAUGGCAGUAACAAAAAAGCCGAACGUAAUGGAAACAGCUUCACAACCAGGACUGCUCGAGGCAAUGGAGAAUGCCAAUAGAAUGAUGGAUAAUAUAAAUGCAGGCGUAAAUAAUUAUUUGGAGAAGAAGCGACUGUAUUUCCCACGAUUCUUCUUUCUUUCAAAUGAUGAGAUGCUGGAGAUUCUAUCAGAAACAAAAGAUCCAUUGCGCGUGCAACCGCAUCUUAAUAAGUGCUUUGAGGGCAUUAAUAAGUUGAAAUUCAAUGAGUUAUUGGAAGCCUUAGCAAUGAUAAGCAUAGAGAAAGAAGAAGUUACAUUUAUAGAUAAAAUUUCAACAAAAGAUGCACGUGGUAGUGUUGAGAAAUGGCUUUUACAGACCGAAGAACAAAUGCUGUUGGCUAUAAGAAAUGAAACUCAAAAAAGUAUGGAGCAUUACUCGCAAGCAAAACGUUCCGAAUGGAUGGUACGAUGGCCUGGUAUGGUUGUGCUCUGCGUCUCACAAAUCUUUUGGUCAGCUGAGAUUGAGAGGAUAUUUACAACGAAGCAAAGCAUAAAGGAUUAUUUUGACAUUUUACAGCAACAACUUGAGGAAACUGUCACCCUUAUAAGAAGCAAGGACAUAACAAAUCUUUCCCGUAUUACGAUUCGUGCACUUAUUGUGAUUGAUGUUCAUGCUAAGGAUGUUGUUGAGGAUUUGAGAAAGCAUAAUACAGAAACGGAGAAUGAUUUUCAAUGGCUAGCUCAAUUGAGAUAUUACAUGAUUGAUGAUGCUGUACGGGUCAAAAUAAUCAAUGCUAGUGUUCCUUAUGCCUAUGAAUAUUUGGGUCCAGCUGGCACCGGAAAAACCGAAACAACAAAAGAUCUAGCAAAAGCAUUAGCUGUACAAUGUAAAGUUUUCAAUUGUUCGGAUGGUCUCGAUUACAAAUCAAUGGGAAAAUUUUUCAAAGGACUCGCAUCUUCAGGCGCUUGGGCAUGUUUCGAUGAAUUUAAUCGCAUUGAACUUGAAGUUCUUUCAGUAAUUGCUCAACAAAUUCUCUUAAUUGUCCUGGCAAUUAGAGGCAAUUUCGAGACAUUUAAUUUCGAGGGAUCUGAAUUAAAACUUAAUCCAUCCUGUUAUGUCUGCAUAACAAUGAAUCCAGGCUAUGCUGGCAGAAGUGAAUUACCAGAUAAUUUGAAAGUUUUAUUUCGUUCAAUUGCAAUGAUGGUGCCAGAUUAUGCAAUGAUUGGAGAAAUUUCCCUAUACAGCUACGGUUUUGUGAAUGCACGAACAUUAUCCAUUAAAAUUGUAACGACAUACCGUUUAUGCUCGGAGCAAUUGAGUUCACAGAAUCAUUACGAUUACGGUAUGAGAGCGGUAAAGACUGUAUUGCAAGCAUGUGGAAAUUUAAAGAAGCAGUUUCCUGACGAACGUGAAGAUAUUCUGCUGCUCCGGAGCUUAUUGGAUGUGAAUUUACCGAAAUUUCUAUCAUUUGACAUUCCACUAUUCAACGGUAUUAUUUCCGAUUUAUUUCCAAAUGUCGCACUACCGGAAGCUGAUUAUCAACAUUUAACGGAAGUUUUUAAUGUCGUAUGUGAGGAAUUAAAUCUCCAACCGAAAAAGGAAUUUCUCAUAAAAGUCAUACAGACGUAUGAGAUGAUGAUUGUUCGUCACGGUUUCAUGCUUGUUGGAGAGCCGUAUUCAGGCAAAACAAGUACAUUGCGUGUAUUGGCUGAAUGCUUAACAAGAUUACAUGAAAUGUAUCCCGAUGAGAGUUCAUACUAUCAGAAAAUCCAAUGGGAUACAAUCAAUCCAAAGUCAAUAACAUUGGGUGAAUUGUAUGGAGCUUUUGAUCAAGUUACGUAUGAGUGGAUUGAUGGCAUUGCCGCUACAAUGUUUCGUAAUUUUGCAAAUGAUUCAUCAUUCGAUAGAAAAUGGAUUGUAUUUGAUGGUCCGGUUGAUGCUGUAUGGAUUGAGAAUAUGAAUACGGUACUUGAUGACAAUAAAAAGCUUUGUUUAACAUCCGGCGAAGUUAUAACAAUGUCAAAUGAGAUGUCGAUGAUUUUUGAGGUUAUGGACUUGGCGCAGGCAUCACCAGCGACGGUGUCACGCUGCGGCAUGAUUUACAUGGAGGCAUCAUCAAUAGGAUGGGAAGCAAUGACACAGUCUUGGCUAAACAAAUGCAAUCCAGUAUGGUCGAAUGACGAAUACAAGCCAGUUAUUAUGGCAAUAUUACGCUGGAUAAUUCCCGAUUGUUUAACAUUCAUACGAAAAUAUUGUCAACAAUUUUUGAAGCCCGGCGACAUUAACAUUGUCAUGACAACAUUAUCGAUUUUCGAGAUGCUAUUGAAUGAUGCAGUUGAUGAGAAUCCUGAUGAAUAUGCAAAAUUUAUCACAUCAUGGUUUCAAGCAGCCAUUUCAUAUGCUGUCGUGUGGGGCUUAAGUGGCAUCAUGAAUACGGAAUCACGAAUUAAAUUUGAUGAAUUUUAUCGUGAGAUUUGGAAUACACCCUUGCCUGGGGAAGUUGGAAAGAUUGAAGUCUCAGUACCAACGGAAGGCUUAAUCAUUGAUUAUGUUUACAUAUUUAAACAGAAAGGCGUAUGGAAAUACUGGCCGGAUCUCGUACGUAAUAUGAAAAUUGAGACAUUAGGUGUGUCAACAAUGCAAGUUCCAACAAUCGAUACAGCACGCUAUUCAUAUUUAUUCAAUUUACAUUUCAAACAUCAACGAUCAUUUCUUUUGACGGGUCCAACUGGCACUGGAAAAUCGUUUUACAUCCAAAACAACAUGAUGAAAUUGCCAGAAGACAAAUAUGCUCCAAUUUUUGUAACAUUUACGACACAAAUUACAUCAAAUCAGACGCAAGAGUUGAUAUUAUCAAAGUUGAUUAAGGGUGGAAAGAAAGGAAAUUGUUUUGGACCGCCGGAAGGACGUAAAUGUGUAUUAUUUAUUGACGAUAUGAAUAUGCCAGCGAAGGACAUUUAUGGUGCACAGCCACCAAUUGAGCUGAUACGGCAAUAUUAUGAUAAGAAGCAUUGGUACGACUCGAAAGAUACAUCAAAAAUUUAUUUACAUGAUAUUCUCAUUAUUGCUGCAUGUGGACUUGUUGGUGGUUCGAGGCAAGAUGUCUAUCCGCGCUUUUUAUGUCAUUUUAAUAUAUUUGCUAUCAAUUUAUUCUCGGACGAGACAAAUUUUCGCAUAUUUCAAACAUUAUUAUUAGACAUGUAUAAACGUAAUGGACAUGCGGCAGAUGUUAUCCAAUCCUGUACAAAUAUUGUUAAUGCAACAAUUGACAUCUAUAAUUUUGCCAUAAAUGAAAUGCUUCCAACGCCAUCGAAAUCACAUUAUGUGUUCAAUCUACGUGACAUUUCACGUGUCGUCAAUGGAUGUGCAUUACUGCGAAAGGAAUCAACAGAUUCGAAAAAAAUGUUUACGAAAAUCUGGUGUCAUGAGACAUCAAGAGUAUUUUUCGAUCGCUUAACAAAUUUUGAUGAUAGACAGCAGGCAUUCGUUAAAAUCUCUCAAUGCAUUCGCGCUCAUUUCAAGGAUAAGAUUGAUGACAUUUUUGAUGACUUACUCGGCGAUGACGAUAGAAAAUUGACAUGCGAGAAAAUGAAUUCACUUCUAUUUGGCAGCUAUUUUGAUAUGGAUGCAGAGGUUGAUGAGAGAAAAUAUGAGAUUGUAGCAAAUGCCAAUGCCCUCCGUGAGCUCGCUUAUCAAUGUCUCGAGGAAUAUAAUGCGACACACAAUGCAAAAAUGGAUAUUGUCUUGUUUGAUUAUGCACUCCAGCAUUUAAAUAAGAUUUGUCGUAUCAUCAGUAUGCCCGGUGGUUCAGCAUUACUCGUUGGCAUGGGUGGAUCGGGUAGACAGUCAUUGACACGUCUUGCUGCUGCGAUGUUAAAUCAAAAACAUUUUCAACCUGAAAUAACGAAAAAUUAUGGACUAAAUGAGUUUCGUGAUGAUCUUAAGAUGAUGUUGAAGGAAGCUGGUGGUGGUGGAAAAGAUACAGUCUUUCAAUUCACUGAAGGACAAAUGAAAAUGGAAGAGUUCCUUCAAGACAUUGAAUGUCUUCUUAAUCUUGGUGAAGUACCAAAUAUAUUUCAAAUAGAUGAGAAGCAAGAGGUUCUCGAAAUGGUUAGAUUGGCAGCUCAAGGUGGCAACCGUAAUUUGGAUAUACCGCCACUUCAAGUCUUUCAAUAUUUCGUCAACAGAUGUAAAUUGAAGCUCCACUUAAUCCUGUGCUUUAGUCCAAUUGGAUCAUCAUUUCGUACACGAUUACGACAUUAUCCUUCACUUGUGAACUGCUGUACGAUAGAUUGGUAUGAUUCAUGGCCCGAGACUGCACUCGAGAUGGUUGCACAGAAAUAUGUAAAAGAUGUGAACAUUCUGGAUGAUACAAAAGAGAAUGUUGUCAAGAUAUUCAAACAUUUUCACAUCAAUGCACUCGAAAUGUCUGACAAGUUUCACAGGGAAACGGGUCGCAUUACAUACUUCACAUCAGCAUCCUAUCUUGAAUUUAUAAAAUCAUUUGCCAUAUUAAUUGCGCGCAAACAAAAGGAAAUGAUGGAUAAUAAGGCACGUUAUCUCAUCGGUUUGGAUCGAUUGAAGGAUGCAGCCGAGACAGUCGCACAAAUGCAAAUUGAUUUGGAGGCAAAACAGCCGCAAUUGAAGGUUUUAGCCGAGGAAUCACGUCAAAUGAUGGAACAAAUUGAAAAGGAAUCAAUUGAAGCGGAACUAGCAUCGGAGCAAGUUAAACGUGAUGAAUUAGUUGCAAAUAAGCAAGCAGCAGAAUCAUUGGCAUUAAAUGCUGAAUGUGAAAAGGAUUUGGCAAGUGCCAUUCCAAUUUUAGAGGAUGCAAUUCAGUCACUCAAUACAUUAAAGCCAUCUGAUAUCACGUUAGUAAAAUCAAUGAAAAAUCCACCCGAUACAGUUAAGCUCGUUAUGGCUGCUGUUUGUGUAAUGAAAUCCAUUGCUCCAGAUAAGAUUCCUGAUACAUCAGGAAAGAAAAUUUUAGAUUAUUGGGGACCAUCAAAGCGCUUACUUGGCGAUAUGCAAUUUCUGCAGACGUUAAAAGAAUACGAUAAGGAUAAUAUCAAGCCUGAAAUUAUGGUGAAAAUUCGUAAAGAUUUCAUACCACAUAAAGAUUUUAAGCCUGAAACUGUCGCAAAGGCAUCAAGUGCUGCUGAGGGUUUGUGUAAAUGGAUUAUUGCUAUGGACUUGUAUGAUGCUGUUGCCAAAAUUGUCGCACCGAAAAAGGCUAAAUUGGAAGAGGCAAAAAGAAAGUAUGAGGAGACGAUGACAUUGCUGACGGAAAAAAGGGAAUUAGCAGCACAACUUGAGAAUCGUGUCAUAAAAUUGAAUAAUGCUUUGGACGAAGCAAUGCUCCGUCGUCAACAAGUCGAAGAUGAAGUAGAAGUUUGCCGUAAGAAACUUGAAAGAGCUGAAACCCUUCUUGGAAGUCUUGGUGGUGAACGAGAUCGUUGGAUAAGCGCAGCUGGUGAACUUCAAUUAAUUUACGAUUGCUUGCCUGGAGAUAUUUUAAUAUCAUGUGGACUGAUUGCAUACUUAUCUCCACUCACAUCUGAUUAUCGAAAUAAGUGUGUAAAUGAGUGGCAUAAAAUGUGUUUGGAUUUAGGUAUUCCGCAAUCAAAGGCUUUUAAUUUUGUUUCCAUUUUGGGAUCGGAAAUUAAAAUACAGAAUUGGAACAUCGCAGGAUUACCACAUGACAUAUUCUCCAUUGAGAAUGCAAUCAUAAUGGACAAUUCAACUCGAUAUUCCUUAUUUAUUGAUCCACAAAAUCAAGCCAAUAAAUGGAUUAAGGAAAUGGAGCGUAAGAAUGAGCUUGUUGUUGUUAAAUUUACCCAAAGCGAUUACAUGAGGAAAAUUGAAUCAUGUAUUGAAGAAGGUAGGCCUGUUUUAAUCGAAAACAUAUUGGAGGAGCUUGAAGCACCAUUGGAUCCAAUUCUAUCACGUCAAACAUUCAUGCAGGGAAAUGCUGAGUUUAUUAAUUUGGGCGACAAUGUCUUACAGAUUUCAUCAAAAUUCCGUCUGUACAUGACAACAUCAUUGCGCAAUCCACACUACUUGCCCGAGAUUUUUAAUAAAGUCAGCAUCAUUAAUUUUGCUCUGACACUUCAAGGCUUAGAGGAUCAGCUAUUGGGAAUUGUUGUAGCAAAGGAGCGUCCCGAUUUGCAGGAACUACGACAGAAUUUAAUCAGAGAAAAGUCAAAAAAUCAACAAAUGCUGAGGAAAAUUGAGGACGAUAUAUUACAGACAUUAUCAGAAUCAGCUGGCGAUAUAUUAGAAGACGAAACGGCAAUAAAAAUGCUCGACGGCUCAAAAUCACUUGCAGUCGACAUAAAAUUAAAGCAAGAGGAGUCAAUCGUGACGGAACAAAAAUUGGAAAAGUUUCGUGAGAGCUAUAAACAUGUGGCAACACAUGCGGCAACAAUUUAUUAUUCCAUAACUGACUUGCCAAAUUUAGAUCCCAUGUAUCAGUUCUCGCUUAGUUGGUAUGUGAACUUGUAUAUUUUUAGCAUCGAGAAUGCUAGCAAAUCCAAGCACAUUGUUAAACGUCUGAAAUUCCUCAUUGAUGCUGUCACAAUUAAUUUAUACAACAAUGUGUGUCGUUCCCUAUUCGAAAAAGAUAAAAUUCUAUUCUCAUUCAUCCUCACGACAAAAAUUAUGAUAUCAAAUGAGCAAUUGCGGAUCAGUGAUUUGGAAUUUUUAUUGUGUGGUCAACAGAGUGAAAUGACAAAAAUGAAAAUGAACGGUGAUGUUGAAAAUCCAGAUCCAAAUUGGAUAAGUGAUAAAAUAUGGAAUAGCAUAUUGCAAUUGAUGGAUGUGAAUGUAACAUUAGAAAAAUUUGUGAGAGGAUUUCAUGAAGACUUAAUUGAAUGGAAGAGAAUUUAUGACGAUUUGAAGCCUGAAGAGAUUAUGAUGCCAGGAAAUUUAGAAACAAUAUUGACAGCAUUCGAGAAGUUGCUGUUCAUUAAUGCAAUUCGUCCUGAUCGAUUUAUCGCUGCUGUUGUGGUUUUCAUCGAACGUGUAAUGGGAAAAACUUUUAUCUCGCCACCUCCAUUUGAUAUUUCAAAAUCAUUUGAGGAUUCAAACUGUUUAACACCAUUAAUAUUUAUCCUCUCGCCUGGCGUUGAUCCAAUGCAGUCGAUUCUCUCGUUUGCCGAGAAAUUAAAGUUUGAUGAGACAUUCCAAUAUGUGUCUUUAGGACAGGGACAGGGUGAGAAAGCUCGUGUUAUGAUUGAGAAAGCACAACAGUCUGGCGGUUGGGUAUGUCUACAAAAUUGUCAUUUAGCUGAUUCGUGGAUGCCAACACUCGAAUAUUUGUGGGAACAUAUGGACAUGUUUAAUACUGACUCAACAUUCCGUUUGUGGUUAACAUCAUAUCCAUCGAAAUGCUUUCCAACAGCCAUUUUACAGAAUGGCAUUAAAAUAACAAAUGAACCGCCAACGGGUUUACAAAAAAAUCUUUUGCGGUCUUAUAAUUCAGAGCCGAUGAACGAUGAUGCCUUUUAUUCUGGUUGUCCUGAUAAGGAUCGUGCAUUUACUAAGCUCCUGUACGGAAUAUCCUUUUUCCAUGCACUCGUUCAAGAGAGACGAAAAUUCGGUGCACUCGGAUGGAAUAUCCUUUAUGGCUUUAAUGAAUCCGAUUUUCAAAUAUCUGUCCAGCAACUGCAAAUGUUUCUCAAUCAAUACGAGACAAUACAGUAUGAUGCAAUUGCAUAUCUAACUGGUGAAUGUAAUUACGGUGGACGUGUUACAGACACAUGGGAUAGACGAACAAUAGUUACUCUCUUAAAAGAUUUCGUUAAUGAGAAUGUCGUCCUCGAUCCCGUCUAUAAAUUCUCAAAUGUUGAUAGUUCAUAUAUUAUUCCUCGUCGUACGGAGCAUCGUGAAGUUGUCAAGCAUAUCAAUGAGAAAAUACCGAAUGAUCCAAGUCCGGAAAUAUUUGGUCUUCAUACAAAUGCCGGAAUUAUACGUGAUUUGAAUGCAUCAAGAGAUUUUAUUAAUGCCAUGAAUGGAACAAUGACACAAGCUGGUGGAUCACAACUGGCAUCGAAGGAGGGCGAAAAGCUCAUUAUGAGCAUGUUGAGUGACAUAACAAGUCAACUUCCAUCGAAUUUCGAUAUUGAGAAAGCAAGCGAGAAAUAUCCAAUUGAUUAUAACGAGUCGAUGAACACGGUUCUUGUGCAGGAGAUGGAAAGAUUUAAUAAUUUAUUAACAGAAAUCAGACGAGGUUGUCGUGAACUUAAAGACGCACUUUUUGGCAAGAUUGCCAUGACGCCACAUCACGAGGAUAUCAUAACAGCAUUUACAGUCAGAAAAAUACCUGAUGCAUGGAUGAAAAAAUCAUAUCCAAGUUUGAAGAGUGUCGGUGCAUACAUCCGUGAUUUCGUUGAACGAUUGAAAUUUCUUCAGACGUGGUAUGAGGAAGGAAAGCCAAAAUGUUUUUGGUUAUCGGGAUUCUAUUUCACACAAGCUUUCCUGACUGGCGCUAUGCAAAAUUAUGCUCGAAAAUUUAAAAUUCCAAUUGAUACACUGACGUUUGAUUUCAGCAUGCUGGAUGUUUUUGAUGGAAAUUCAAUCUCAGAACCACCGCCCGAUGGUGUUUACAUUUAUGGAUUAUUUAUUGAAGGUGCAAGAUGGUGUACUAAUGAGAAAUCAUUGUGUGAGCAGCUGCCAAAAGUCAUUAUUAAUGACUUUCCAUGUAUUCAUUUUCUGCCAAUUCUUGGUAAGGACUUGAAUGAAAGUUCGCGGUACAAGUCCCCGCUUUAUAAGACAGCUGAACGCAAAGGAACUUUAUCGACGACAGGUCAUUCGACAAAUUACGUUGUAGCUAUUCUACUUAAUACAAAUACUGAUCCUGAGCACUGGAUUAAGCGUGGUGUUGCAUUGCUAUGUCAGAAAACUGAAUAGAAAUUGAAAAGAAAUAUUUUUUCAUAUUUUUAUAAUCCAAAUAAAAUUGGCGUGUGGAAAUUAAAUAUGAUUCUCGCAAAUCUUUAAUAAAUUGCAGCUUUUUUUUU